AUUUUUCGUCGUGCUCCAAUUCCUCGUCGAGUAUCUUGCCGAGGAAUUCACCUUUUCAGGACCGGACCAAACUACUUUCCCUGGCUCACCGAUGCCAGGGCAAGGUUAGAUCGGCCAGUUCAGUGGCGGAACAAUGCGGGCCACUAUCCGGAGCGGGCACACGUGGCCUCCAUUCGAAGCCGCUCGUCCUCCUCUUUCUCAUCCCAGCCGUCCCUCUCCGCUAUUUAGAUGCACGGAGCUCCACCCACGUCUUACGUCCGUCAUCAGUGAUCGCUCGCCAGCUGCAGCGAUGGCGAAGCCAGAGAAGCUGAAGAACAAGAAACCUGCGUCUGCCGCUUCUGCGUCCACCGCCCCCUCCAAAAAGAUUAAGAAGAAAAACAAGGGGCAAAAGAUCGAAGAUGCCGCUGCAACUGAUUCGGCGAAUGCUGCGGCCUCUUCGCCGGCGGCGGAAGAUGGCAACGCUGAGGGGAAAAAGAAGGCUGAGGGGCAGAAGGGGAAAGAGAAAGCGGAAAGGCGGUCCGGAUUUAUCUUCAUGUGCAGUGGAAAGACGAAGCCGGAGUGCUACCGCUACCGGGUGUUCGGGCUUCCCAAGGGGAAGAUAGAGCUGGUGGAAAAGAUCCAGCCCGGCACAAAGCUGUUCCUCUACGAUUUCGACCUGAAGCUUCUCUACGGGGUCUAUAAGGCCACCACCAAUGGUGGAAUGAACCUGGAACCACGAGCUUUUGGAGGGGGAUUCCCGGCUCAGGUGAAAUUCAAGAUCUAUAAGGAUUGUGUACCUAUACCUGAAACUGUUUUUAAACAUGCCAUACUUGAAAAUUACUACUCAAGGGCAAAGUUUACACCAGAGCUCAAUUCAAAACAGGUCCAUAAAUUGCUGUUAUUGUUCCGUCCUAUCAAUUUACAGCCUCAAGAAGCACCUUCUCCCAAGUAUGCUGAGAAUCGGUACCCUGCACCCCCUGCUCGGUAUGUGGACGAUCGACGCCUCUUGCCUCCUGCCUCAUAUGUUGAGGAUCGGCUGCCUGCACCUCCUGCCCAGUAUGUUGAGGAACGGCUUCCACCGCCUGCUGUCCAUUUGCCCCCUCUGGAGGAUGCUUAUAGAACAGUGUCAUGUGUUCCACCUAUUGAAUACAUUCAACAAGCGCCUACUCCUGGAAAUGAUCCAUAUGCACAUUAUGCGCGUGCACCACGUGGCAUGGAAGCUCGACAUGUUCCAGCAACUGUUCAGCCUCCAAAUGAUCCAUAUUAUUCGGCACCUCCAAAUGAUCCAUAUUAUCCGGUACCUGUAGCCGAUCCGUAUCAAGUGGAGACUAGGCGAGCUUACUAUGGAGAAAAUCCUAUUCCAUCUGAGCGUUAUAGGGUGGUGCCUGAGAUGAUACCGAGGGAUCCACUUCCUCCGCCGGCUAGGGACUAUAGAGUCCUUGCAGCAAGGGAAGCUGUGAUGCUUCCCCGUGCAGAUGGUGUGGAUGAGCUUUACCACCCUGAGCGAGUUGUUGGUCAUGCUGCUGUAGAUGUAAACCCCCAACGAAGCCGUUGGGCAACAAGCUAUGAGGAUCCAAACAGAGCAUAUGUUGAUAGUGUUGAGAGGCCGGUUGCUAACAGAGCUAAUGCAGCAAGCAUGACCGUCUCACAUCUUUAUUCAUUUGCUGGUGCUUCCGCUUAUCACUGAUCAUUGAGACCUUCAUCAGUGUGUAUGUUGUUGCUCUGCACUACCAAGCUAACAUCCUUAUGUGUUCACAUGAUUUGUAUGUUGAAGAAUUCUGCAAGUUUUUUGUCUUGGAACAAACAGUAGCGUCUUUGCUCUGGUACAAAUAGCAACUCUGGAAGAGCUUUUUAUGAAGUUACAUUGCAUUUGCCAGCUGUUAAAGCCCUAAAGUUCAUUCGCA